AAGCCAUGGAGAACUCAUCAUCAUCAUCAUCAUCAUCAAACUGCGUCUAUAGAGAGUGCUUGAGAAACCAUGCAGCCAGUCUCGGCAGCUACGCUACCGACGGCUGCGGCGAGUUCACCCUCGACCUCGACGCCUCGUCCCCCGCCGCUAGUCUCCAGUGUGCUGCCUGCGGCUGUCACCGCAACUUUCACCGGAAGGUGACGUGUCCGCCGGCGGAAGUCUUGACUGCCGCAGGCAGCGGUGACAUGAUGGAAUACUCUGGCGGCGGCGAGGGAAGGAUAGAGGUUGGAGAGAGGAGUAAUAGUAAUAACAAGAAGAGGUUUAGGACAAAAUUCAGUUUGGAACAAAAGGAGAAGAUGUUGGGAUUUGCUGAGAAGUUGGGGUGGAAGCUGCAGAGAAAAGAGGUUGAUGAUGAGAUUGAGAGGUUCUGUAGAAGUGUUGGGGUUAGUAGACAGGUUUUCAAGGUUUGGAUGCAUAACCAUAAGAACUCUAAUAAUUCUUCUGCCAAUGCAUCCUCUCUCACUCAGUAAGUUUUUAAUUAGACUUACUUUCACAUCAUUAGAGGAGAGAGAAUAUUGUAUCUUAUUGCUUUAUUUUUUAAAUAUUUUUCUUUCUUUUUUUAUG